AUGGAUGUUGUUCGAGCCAUAGAACCAGGCACAUGGUUUGUGACGAUAGACUUAAAGGAGGCCUAUUUCUAUGUGCCCAUUGCAGAGGAGCACAGGCAGUUUCUCCGUUUCAGUUUUCAACACAAGGCCUACCAAUACAGAGUUCUUCCAUUUGGACUCUCUCUAGCCCCCCGGGUGUUCACAAAGUGCGUCCAGGCUGCACUGGAACCUCUCCAAGCGGAAGGCAUGUUAGUCCUGCCGUACUUGGACGACUGGCUGCUAUGUGCAGCAACCCAGGAACAAGCGAUGGCGGACACCAGCCGCCUUUUGCGUCAUGCACUCCUGACUUGGGCAGAAACGCGUUUCCUCUCCCUCCGUGCAACACACAUUCCAGGUCACCUCAAUGUGGUGCCCGAUGCACUGUCCCGGAGGAGACAGAGGGCAGGAGACUGGCACUUGCACAAGGAGGUCGUGCAGAAAAUUUGGAACACUUAUGGCACAGCGACAGUAGACUUGUUCGCGUCCAAGGAGACAACACAUUGCCCUCUGUGGUAUGCAGAGAUGGCAGAACUGGAGUCACUGGGCAGGGAUGCUCUGACUCACGAGUGGCCGGAUGUGCUACUGUUUGCGUUCCCACCUAUUCCACUGAUCUGGGGUGUGCUCAAUCGACUGUUCAUCUUCACAGAUGGUGAAGUAGGGAACACUAAAGAUGUUCUUAACUGUGUGAGGAGCAAUGCUGAUUUCCACAGAUGCUUCUCAUUUGGGAUUGGUGAAGGUGCAAGUUCUGCACUCAUCACAGGGUUGGCUGAGAACAGCUCUGGCCACGCCCAGUUCAUCACAGGAACUGAGCGCAUGCAGGCCAAAGUAAUGCAGUCUCUCCAUUAUGCUUUACAACCAGCAGUGACUGAUAUCACUGAGGAUUGGACUGAUGUGUCUUUCACCCGUCUGAGCCCCCCGAUUAAAACGCUUUUCCAUGGUCAGAGAGCACUGAUUUAUGCCCACUUGAAAGGGGAGGAAUGUCAAAACCCAGAUGCUAAGGGGAAAAUAUCAGUGCGAUACUGUCUUGGAGAUCAAGAGGUCUCAAACACUGUCCACUUCUCCCUGAAGCCUUCUGAGAAUAGCGGACUAGCCAUCCACAGGCUGGGCGCUCGCUCUCUGAUCCGCUCUCUGGAAAGGGACGAGCAGGAUGAUGGAGCUGAUAAAGAGGCUCUGAAGGCCAGGGUGGUGGAUCUGAGUAAGCAGUCUGGAGUGAGCAGCUCACACACAGCCUUCAUAGCUAUCAAUAAAGGCAGCGGACAAGCUGUGAAAGGACCGAUGGUGAAGAGGAGAAUUCCUAUUGCCAGCAUGGGGAUGAGCAGGGGGCUGUGUGGAUCGUCACCAUUUGGUGUUCUAAAUAGUCGUGUGUUCAAGAAAGUGGGUAUGCUUAAACUUGCAUCAUGUAAAGCAAAAAUAUCAACUUCCAAAAUUUCUGAAGCUCCAAAGGACCCGUUGUUGCAGCUUAUCUCCCUCCAGAAGGCUUCGGGUUGCUGGAAAAUGGGGUCCACACUUGCAGAGGUCUUUGGGAAGGGAGAAAAAGAGUUGGUCGAGCAGAUUCCUUCACAGAUGAAGCCAGAUGUCUGGGCUACACUUCUGGCUCUGAUUUGGUUACAUGGCUUUAAGAUCAAUGCACAGGUUGAAUGGCAAAUUUUGGCCAUGAAAGCAGUGGCAUGGAUCCGCACUCAGAAAGUGGUGAACCAGUCAGAGUGUGUACAGGUAGGAAACGCUCUACUGGGCUGUCAAGUUAAAGAAGACGCUCUUGGGCUCUGAAGACUUUACCCUCUUACAGCAUCCACAGAAAAGCCUUGGCAUCAUUUCUCUUUCCUAUAUUUUAAGAGUUUUACUUUCAUUAGCAUGCUUUUACUUAUAAGAUGUUGGCAAUGGGAUUGCUAGUAUGACCAAAAAC